AUGAACAAGCUGCACAAGGGAUGGUUCACCGAGUUCUCGCCGGAUGACCUGGAAAAGAUGAACGGAGCCUCCGACGAGGAGCCAACGAAGGUGCUCAAAUCCGACGGACAAGAGAUGGGCGGCGCGUGGCCGGGACAGGCGUUCUCGUUGCAGGUGAAGAAAGUGCUUUUCCACGAGAAGAGCAAGUAUCAGGAUGUGCUGGUUUUUGAGAGCACAACCUAUGGAAAUGUUCUAGUUCUAGACGGAAUUGUUCAGGCAACUGAACGGGAUGAGUUCUCCUACCAGGAAAUGCUGGCCCAUCUCCCAAUGUUUGCCCAUCCGGACCCGAAACGUGUACUUAUCAUUGGUGGAGGAGAUGGAGGUAUUUUGAGAGAGGUCUUGAAGCACGAGUCCGUCGAGAAGGUCACAAUGUGUGAAAUAGACGAAAUGGUGAUCGAUGUCGCGAAAAAGUUCCUGCCUGGCAUGUCGUGCGGUUUCUCACACCCGAAACUCGACUUAUUCUGCGGAGAUGGCUUCGAAUUUUUGAAAAAUCACAAGAACGAGUUCGACGUAAUUAUCACGGACAGUUCCGAUCCAGUUGGGCCGGCUGAAUCGCUUUUCGGGCAAAGUUAUUACGAGUUGCUGAGAGAUGCGUUGAAGGAGGAUGGAAUUUUGUCAUCGCAAGGCGAAUGCCCAUGGCUAGACAUGAAGCUCAUCUCUACCGUAAUCCAUUCGGCUCGUGACCUAUUUCCCGUGGCAAAGUACGCGGUUGGCAGCGUGCCAACCUACACGUCAGGCCUGAUGGGCUAUAUUUUAUGCGCAAAGGAUAAGGUGAACACUGGAGAAUCUGUGUGGCUUCACCUCCCACUAAUCGCUCAUCUCGUCGCCUUCAAUCGAAAAAUUUUCCCGGCCGUCACCUACGCCCAGUCGAUCGUCUCUACCUACCCGUCUGGAAGCAUGGGAUACCUGAUUUGUGCAAAAAAUGCUAACCGUGACGUCACGACUCCUGCUCGAACCCUCACUGCUGAACAGAUCAAAGCCCUGAACUUGAGAUUCUACAACUCGGAAGUUCACAAGGCGGCUUUUGUGCUUCCGCAAUUUGUCAAAAAUGCUUUGGAGUAG